AUGAGCAGCAGCCACGAUGCCGAGACCGGGAAUGAGGAGGUCAUGAAGGUCGAGUCUGUGUCCGAAGUGGACAAGGCAGAGACCGAGAAACCGAGCGGAAAGAGCGCUCUGGCAAUGGUCUAUGAGGCGGCAUCUGGCUUUGAUGUCUUUAUCAUGUCAGUGUCUCUGAUAUCCUCGAUAAUCGGAGGCGCGUUGAUGCCGCUGAUGACGAUUGUCUUUGGAAAGAUGACUGGAGAAUUUCAAAGCCUCACCAACUCGCGCGGCGGAUCGAACCGGGUGAAUGAGAUGACCUUGUAUUUCGUGUACCUGGCCGUCGCCGAGUUUGUCACGGUGUACGUGACCACGGUGGGUUUCACAUAUGCUGGCGAGCGAAUCAGCUGCAAAGUCCGCGAGCAAUAUUUGGCGGCGUUAUUGCGCCAAAGCGUGGCAGUCCUCUCCGACAAGCAAAACUCUGCAGGGGAAGUAUCGACGCACAUCACCAACGAUGCGAAUCUGAUCAAAAACGCAAUUUCGGAGAAGCUGGGGCGAUCGUUUGGCGCCAUCUCGACCGUUGUGGCUGCCUUUGUGGUGGGGUUCGUCUACUCAUGGCGUCUCACGCUGGUGCUGAGCUCGAGUCUGGUGGCCUUUGUGCUGAUCGUCGGCGCGGGAUCCCAGGGCAUGAUCAAGCAUUCGAACGACAGCUCCACGGCGCAAUCCGAGGCGGCGACGGUGGCGGCCGAGACCAUCAGCGACAUGCGUGGGACGGUGUCCAACUGCGCGCAGGACAAGUUGGCAGCCAAGUACGAGGCGCGGCUGUUGGCGGCAAGCCGGCCUGGCGUGCUGGCCAAGACUUACGGCGCUGUCAUGAUGGGCACGGUGACGGGGGUCAUGCUGCUGGCAUACGCGCUUGCCUUUUGGCAAGGCUCCCGGUUCCUAGUGGCGGGUAAUUUGUCGUUGGCCGAGGUGCUGAUCGUACUCCUGGCGGUCCUACUGGGCACCGUGUCGUUGGGAUUUGCGGGCCCGCACAUGCAAGCCAUCGGCGACGGGCUGGCGGCUGCCGCGAGGAUCGGCAGCGCCAUGGACGCACCUCCAGGCGUGGAUCCUUUUGCGCCCACCGGCCUCGAACCGAGUCAAGUCGAGGGCCGCAUCGCCUUUGAGGCCGUUGACUUCCAUUACCCCGGGAGGCCUGAGGCGCGCGUGCUCGACUGUUUCAGCCUCGACGUGGCUCCUGGCCAAACGACGGCCGUCGUGGGGCCCUCCGGGUCGGGCAAGAGCACAUUGGUCAGCUUGCUUGAGCGCUUUUACGAGCCGACGGCGGGCCAGGUCACGCUUGACGGAGUGCCUCUAGAUGAGCUGAGUGUGCGCUGGCUGCGGCGACAGGUGUCGCUCGUUGGCCAGGAGCCCAUGCUGUUCGACGCGACCGUCUUCGAGAACAUUAGCCAUGGCCUGGUGGGCUCGCGCUUCGAGGGGGCCGAUUCGGAGACUAGGCGGACAAUGGUGCAGCGGGCAGCGGAGAUAGCGCACGCGCACGAAUUCGUCGCGCAGUUGCCGGCGCAGUACGAGACGCGGGUGGGUGAGCGCGGCGCGUUGCUCUCAGGCGGACAGCGCCAGCGCAUCUCGAUUGCCCGCGCCAUCGUUUCAGACCCCAAAAUCCUGCUUCUCGACGAGGCGACGUCGGCCCUUGAUCCCGUGGCAGAGCGCGCCGUUCAGGCAGCGCUAAGCGAUGCCAUGCGCGGACGCACCAACCUGGUCAUCGCACACCGACUGGCGACUGUCAAGGACGCCGACUGCAUCACCGUCAUGGGGAAGGGCCAGGUGGUGGAAAAGGGCGGCUACGAGGAAUUGGUGGCGCGGCGUGGCGUCUUCUUCAGCUUGCUGGAGGCGCAACGGCUGGGCGACGAGGACAAGGACACAGCCGACGACGAAAAAAGCAACGACGUUGAAGGCGCGGAGCCAGCACUGCCGAGCGCCGAGGGCGAAUACGGGCAGUCAACGGCGAAUGUGGGGAUCGGGGAAAAGGGAGAUGCGCGGGUGAGCGACGAAAAAGACAAAAAUCUCGACGACCAAGGCAAAAGGUGGGUCGUGCGUCUGGGGGCCAAUGACUCGCGCGUCAUAGUUGCGGGGCUACUGCUGUCCAUCCUUGCCGGCCUUCUCAACACAAGUCAAUCCGUUAUCCUGUCUGCGUGCAUCGCUGCCUUUGGCAAAAAUGCGUACAACUACCCCAAGCUGCGCAGCGACGUCAACUUCUGGGCCGGCAUGAUGCUAAUGCUGGCCAUCAUUGGCAUCCUCAUCCAAAGCGCCCAAGGCGUCGUCCUCGCCAUCUGUUCCGAGCGUCUCGUACGCCGCGCUCGUAAUGUCCUAUUCCGUCAUAUCCUGCACCUUGACUUGUCCUUCUUCGACACCCCCGCUCGCUCCGCCGGAGCUCUUGGCUCCUUGUUGUCCGCUCGCACCGCCGACCUCGACGGCCUCAGCGGCGGCACCAUUGGCAUGCUGAUCGCCGGCGCCACCACCAUCAUCUCGGGUAUCAUCGUUGCCAUAUCCAUCGGCUGGAAGCUUGGCCUUGUCUGUUCUGCCACGACGCCCCUUUUGCUGGCCGCCGGCUACCUUCGCCUGGCCUUCCUCACCACCAAUGAGAAGCGCUCUGCCCAGUCGUACGCUACCUCGGCCUCUUAUGCUUCCGAAUCAGUCCGCUGUAUCCGUGUUGUCGCCUCUCUGACCCUCGAACGCACCGUCCUGGCCCGCUUCCACGAGUCCGCUAGCUCCCGUGCCCGUGCAAACACCAUCUCCACAUGCAAAGCCACUGUCUUCUUCGCUGCCUCACAGGCCCUCGUAUACUGCUCCUUUGCGCUCUGCUUCUGGUAUGGCGGUCGACUCAUGGCCCGUGGCGAGUACACGAUGCUUCAGUUCUUCAUCUGCUACUCGACGGUCAUCUUCGGUUCCCAGUCAGCCGGCAGCGCGCUGUCGGUGGCCGCGGACAUUGCCAAGGGCCGCGCCGCCGCACGCGAGCUCCGUGCUGUCAUCGCCGAGCGCCCCUCGAUCGACCGGCCCGGCUUCGACGCCCUCCCGCCCGUUAACGGCGCCAUCGAGUUACGCAAUGUGCACUUUAACUACGCCACACGCCCGGACCGGCCCGUACUGUGUGACAUUAGCUUGCGCGUUGAGCCCGGACAGUUUGUCGCACUGGUCGGGUCUAGUGGUUGCGGAAAGAGUACACUACUGGCGCUGCUCGAACGCUUCUACGACCCGGUAAGCGGCGAAGUUCUCAUUGAUGGGCGCAACAUCCGCGACGUUGAUACCACGUCUCUGCGGAAACAUAUCGCGCUUGUUGCGCAGGAGACGGCUCUAUCCUCUGGCACAAUGCGAGAGAACCUGCUCCUGGGUGCAGAACCUGAUGUUGGGGACGCAGCACUCGAGCAAGCCUGCCGCGAUGCUGCCCUCGAGGACGUCGUAGCGUCACUCCCCGAAGGCAUGGACACGCACGUCGGCGCGCAGGGAGCCGCUCUUUCUGGCGGCCAACGGCAGCGCAUGGCCAUCGCACGAGCACUGGUGCGCGAUCCUCGCAUCCUGCUCCUCGACGAAGCGACUUCUGCGCUCGACACGGCCUCGGAACGUCUAGUGCAAGCGGCGCUGUCACGCGCGAUGAGUGGACGCACCACUGUCGCAGUCGCGCAUCGCCUUAGCACGAUCCAGCACGCUGACAAAAUCUUCGUGUUCGAGCGAGGCCGCAUCGCCGAGGCAGGGAGCCAUGCCGAGUUAAUGGCGCGGCAUGGCCUGUACGCCACGAUGGUGCGGGCGCAGAGCCUGUAG